AUGUUGUCUCUCUUUGUACCAGCACUGUUGCUAGCAGGCAGCGCUCUGGCGCAGGUGACCUAUCAGAAUCACUCGCAGACGAUUGUGAGAGUUGACAAUGGGACCUAUGGGCCUGAGGUCGAGGAGGUUCAUUAUUACUACGAUCAAUGGCCGAUAGGAAUCGCAGUCGCCUCUGAUGGAAGGAUCUUCGCCACCUACACGCGCGGCGACGAUGAGUAUACUCUUGGAGUCAUCGUCAACAAAACGGCAGAGAAGCCAUACCCUUCUGCUGGCCUGAAUCUCCCUCCCAGCCAGCUCAACUCGACCUGGAAUGGCAUCCCCUUCGGAUCUGGCAACUCGACGGGCUUGAUCUCGGUGCAGGCGGUCUAUAUCACAUCGAAGACAUCGACUCGGCCGGAGACGCUGUGGGUGCUAGACACCGGUCGUCCGACAGUACACAAUGCCAAAGGCGAACCAUCAAUGCCUUACGCCCAGCCUGGUGGUCCCAAACUCGUAGCUAUCAACUUGUCCAACGACACAGUCUACAGGACGUACACAUUCCCUGCAGAUGUGCACUACCCCGACUCCUACCUCAAUGAUCUCCGCUUCGAUUUCAAGUCCAACUUAUCAGGCACCUCAGGAGAAGGCAUCGCAUACCUUGUCGACAGCUCUAAUGAAGGCCGCCCAGGAUUCAUCAUGGUUGAUCUUGGAACUGGCGAGUCCUGGCGACGUCUUGAUCAAGACCGCUCUGUCCUUCGAGGUGCGAAUGAUGUUCCAUCGUACCAGGGCAUUCCCUUCUACCUUCGCCAGAAAGGCAUGUCCGUGGGCUGGCAACUGGAGGGUCUCGAUGGAAUCCAGUUAUCCCCAGACGGCAAGAGGAUGUACUACUCACCGCUCUCAACCAACUAUCUUUGGAGCGUUCCGACGGCCAACCUACGAGCCAACGCAAGCGACGAUUCGUUGGUGGAGGUCUUCGCUCAUGCAAACGUUUCGAACCACGGCCAACGCGGUGGAAAUGGCAAUGGCUUCGAGGGCGACUCGAAUGGUUUGAUCUAUCAACUUAUGCCAGAGCACAAUGCGAUCUACUACUUUGAUCCUAGUGAUGGAUUGACCAAGCCUUUUGUGCGGGAUCCCAGAAUCAUCUGGCCCGAUGGAGCAAGUGUGGGCACAGAUGGAUAUAUCUACAUGAACAUCAACCAGUUGCCUCAUCAGCCCGAUUGGAAUGAUGGCGUUGAUGGAAGGGUGCAUCCUGGGGUUGUACUAAGGGCCAAACUGCCAAAUGGCGGCAAGAAAGUGACAAGCUUGUAUGAGGAUUAA